GAAGAAGAGGAAGAAGAAGAAGCCCGCAACACGGAAGUACGUGGGAAACGUCUGCUGGUCUUCUGCGGUUAAAAUAAGUGUCUUGAGAUGAGACCAACAGUGGUGUUUACGUGUUCAGUCCUAUUUUACAAUUUGGAGAUUGUACAUUCCCGAGGUGACGAUGGAAAGCAAGAAUGGCCGAUUCCUUACAGGCGAUUUGAUUGUCGUCCCGCUGCGGACUCGUACUGUGAAGCCAUGUUCCCCUUCUGCCCCACCGGCGACAGGGAUGGCCGGAUCCCCUACAUGAAUAACUGGGAUGUCAUCUCGGUAUUUCGACUGCAAGCUCCAGUGUGGGAGUUUAAAUAUGGAUCAUUGCUGGGGAAAAUGCAUAUCAUGCAUGAUGCCAUUGGGUUCAGCAGUGCUGAAACGGGGAGAAACUACACCAUGGAGUGGUAUGAACUCUUCCAGCUGGGCAACUGCACCUUCCCUCACCUGAGACGUGAGACUAACAACCCCUUCUGGUGCAACCAGGGAGCUGCAUGCUUCUUUGAGGGGAUUGAUGACAUCCACUGGUCUGAGAAUGGUACCUUGGAGAAAGUGGGAGAGAUCUCAGGUGGUCAGUUCAACGAGAUGGCCUUGUGGGUCCAGGACGACAACCAGACUGGGAUUUAUUAUGAGACGUGGACGGUCCGCUCAGACCCCGGCCCCAACGCCACCGUGUGGUUUGACUCCUACGACUGCUCCCAGUUCGUCCAUCGCACCUACAGGUAUCUUACGCAACAGCGAGCCAAGCUGUCCAGCCGAUUCCAGACCAACUACACUAAGAUCUACCUGUACAGUGGGGAGCCGACCUACUUGGGGGAUGAUGAUUCUAUCUUCAAGGAGCCUUCUGCGAAGACCCUGGCUGAAGACAUCCGCAAGUUCUAUCACCCUUUCCGACCACACCAGUCGUACAUGGACUUUGUCCUCAGUCUCGCGGAGGCUUAUCAGAAGGUGGUAGAGGAGAAGAGCUUCUACUUGUACUAUAACUUUGAAUAUUGGCACUUACCCAUGAAAUCUCCAUAUGUGCAGAUCACAUAUGAGGAAGUGCCUUUGCCGUAAAGCCACAAUUUGUAAUUGGUUUUUCAGCUUUUCAGUUUUUCAGGGACUGAAAAAAAUGUUACCACUCAGAGGGAGCUAUGGAUCGAAGGACUAUCGUUAAUUCAUUGAACUGCCAUAUUAAACUUUGUCACAUGUGCCGAAUAGAUCAACUGUAGACCUUACAGUGAAAUGCUUACUUACAAGCCCUUAACCAACAGUGCAGUUCAAGAAAGAGUUAAGAAAAUAUUUACCAAAGAAACUAAAGUAAAAAAUCAUAAGU